CUUGCCCAAUGCGUCCCUCUACCGCUUCAACACCAUUAUCAUCGUCCGCAUUAAAUUAUCUGGAAUCGUUCGAGAGAAAUGCGAAAGCGUUGCGUGGCAACAAUAAUGGCUCUUCGACUAGUGGAGGAAAUAAAAAAGAUGAGAGCUCUACAUCAAAAUCUAUUGUAUCCUCACCAGCACCUGUCAAACGGAGAGUGUCGAUAUCAGAUAUUAUCAGUCAAGCAAGAAGACAAGUAUCUUUAUCUCGAACUGACUCAGAAGACUUUGACUUUUUGAAUGAAUCCUUGAAGUCGUCAGUUUUUGACGAGAGUGUUUCCAGUGAUACGGAUAGUGAGGAGAGCCACGAAGAAAAACGUAUUUUACCGCUUGGAACACCAGGACAACAAGUCGGUCGGAAAAGUUUAAAAGACAUCCGUGAACUCCGAAAUUCCAUCGAUCAAUCGCUUAUCAAACCACCUGAACUUAAAAUGUUACGGAGCAAAGCGGCUGGAGAAGAAUCGAAAAGACAUGCGCACUUCGAAAGUAUUCAAGAAGAGGAAAAAAUAUCUGAAGAUUUACCGACAGCUCAGCUUCCCUCCAAAAGCCCAUUCAAAAAAGCAAUACAAAGUGGAAGUGAAAGUUCGGAUUCUGAUUCCAUAAUUUUCGAUGAAGUUUUCGAAGAGGUUCUUCCGUCUCCACCAAGAAAACCAGCACCGGCUCGGACGGCUCCUAUUGUUGUAGAAAAAAAGAUUGAAAAACCUGCUGUCAAAGAGCAAAAAGCCAGAAAGAAAAAGGAAAAGACACCAACUCCAACGGAAUCUUCAUUCGAAUCAUCAUCAGAUUCUUCUUCUACCUCUGAAUCUUCUACAUCGUCCGAGUCCAGCUCAAGUGCAUCUGAAUCGGAAUCUGAAUCAAAGUCCGAAUCGCAAGUCAGCUCUUCCAAAACAUCAACUUCGAAAGCUAGCUCUAGUAAAGCAUAUGGAUCCGAUUUUGAGUCUGAAAAGUCAUCUUCUUCCUCGGCUUCAACAAUAUCCAAAGUUACUCCAAAGAAAUUAGAUAAACCGCAAAAAACAAAGAAACCUGAUAAAAAACGGGCCAAGCCAGAUGAUAUUAGACAAAACAAAAAGCCAGAGCCCAUUCCGUAUGAAGACUUCAUUCCGAAGCUCAGCUCAAGAUCGUCUAAUUCUGAAAAAUCAACUGUUCGAGAGACAAAUCGAACUCUAGAGGAAUCACUGAAAAAAACAUUGAAAAUCAACAAGUCAUCAGAAAAAAUGGAGAAGCCGAGAAAAGAUAUCAGAAGAGCUCCACGAUCUUCGUCAUCCUCUUCUUCAACAUUAAGGGACGCCGAGAGAGAACAAGAUAUCGAGAGACGCAGAGAAAAGAGAGCCCGAAGAUUCAGAAGUAGGAGGAGAAGAUCUGAAGAACCUCAUACUUGCCAAGAGAACAUUCAUAAUAUGAUAGAAUCUGUAAUUGAUACGCAUGUCCAAAUGUUGGAUGAUUUCAAUCGAAUGGAAUAUGCAGCAGUUUGUGAAUGGACUCAAGUACUCCGAAAAUUUGAUGGACAUGAUGGACCUAGUUCUCAGAAGUUACGGGAAAUUAUUGAACGCCGGUUGAAUAGGAAAUAUUAAAUAUUUGAACAAUUUGACAAUCUGGUCUUUAUAAAAAUGUUGUGAAUUUUUAAAUUC